UAAAAAAAGAAAGAGAGGGAAGACAUUACGGUUAAUUCUAAUCUAGUUGUAAUACGUUUUUCCGCACGUGGUCGUGUAAGAGAUUUGUCGAAAUGAUUGAAGUUAAAACUAAAAAACGUAAAGUUUCCAAAAAAACGAAAAAGUCUUGGAGAAAACAUGUAGAUACGACAGAUGUUGACAAAUUUUUAGAGAAUGAAAGAUUAGAAGAGAGAUUAGGAAUACCAUUUUCUGAACGAUCAGAUACAGACUUAUUUACUAUUGACAAGGAUGCUGCAACAAAAGAAAUUACGUUUAAUGAUAAAAAACAGCGUAGACUCGCUUUGAAAGAUACAGAGCCAAAGUGCUUCAGUAUAUUAAAACCACAUACUUUAGUUCCUGAUCCAAUUGUUAAGAGAAAUCGUGUAAGAACGCGUGAAGAGCGUAAACAUCCUAUCUUACUUCGUAAAGAAAUUCAAAGAAAAUCAAAGGGUAUCUUGAAAUUGAAAGAAAAGUUAGCAUUAAAAAAUAAAGCUCUCGCAGAUUUGAAAAGGGCUAACAGACCUAGAAGAGGUGAUUUCAAAGAAGAUAUAUGGGAUAAAAAAAAUACUUCUUUACCGGAAAUUGAUACAGAAUGGAUGACUUCUGAUACUGUUAGACAUACUCUUACACAUAUGGGUGUAAAAAAAAGAAAAUUACCAACAUCCUUACAUAAAAAACCAUCGGUCUUACCAGCUAUAGAAGCUCCACAUCCUGGUACAUCAUAUAAUCCAUCUUAUAACGAUCAUCAGGAUUUGUUAAAUGGAAUAGCGAAGAAAGAAUUAGAAUUAAUGAAGGAAGAAGCUCAUUUAAAUAGAGUUACUACAAAAAUGUUUAAGAAGGUUUCACUUGACGAGAAACAUAAAAAUACAUUAAAGGAAUUGACCGAGGGUUUACCAAUAAAAGAAGAUAAACUAGAACAGUCUGAUAAUAAUGAUAAUGACGACGAUGACGACGACGAUGAUACUGAUAUGGAUCAUAACAUUACAUCUAUCAAUCCACCAGUAAAAAAUAAAAAGAAAACAUUAGUAGCAAGACGUAAACAAAAAGAACAAAAAAUAUUAGCACAUAAAUUAGCACAAGCAAAAUUAGAAAAAAGGAAAGUAUCAGAUAUAUACAAAUUAAAAUUACUACAAAAACAAAUAGAUGCAAAAGAAAAGAAAGAAAAAGUUUUACAAGAAAAAAGACAUGAACAAAAGAAAUUAAAAUCUGUAGAAACAAAGACAUUGAGUAAAGUUAAAUUUGAGCCUGUUGAACCUUCCUUUACAUUGGCAGAAGAAUUAACUGGUAAUUUAAGAAAUGUAACUCGUAUUGGUAAUUUAUUAAAAGAUCGUUAUAAAUCAUUGCAACAAAGGAAUAUUGUUGCACCAGCAAACAUUGUUCUGAAACGAACCAAGGCUAAAGUGAAGAGAUAUAUUAAAUCAGAUCAUAAAAUAAAUCAAAAGGAAUGAAGGUGUCGGGUCAAAUCCAAGAUCUCCAUAAAAAUACACAUUACUUGAUUGCGGUAUAGAUUCCAUCCUUUAUAUUUAUAUUUAUUAUGUUUAAAAUGAAUAUUUUAUGCAAUGUGAUAGUGACUGAAUUAUACACAUACACACAUAUAAUUAUACAUUCUAGUAAGUUAAUUCAUUGAAGUACUUACGAUGUAAUU